GACCUUCUCUCUUGUAGCAGACGACGUUUGAACUGUUGCAGACAACGUGAAACAAUAACAAAUACGAUUUGUUUGAAAGUGCUCGUACUCUAGUGAGGUUGUCAUGUCUGUUGCUCAAAAAUUUAGGACUUCAUUUAACAAUAAAUAUGCUAAUAAUAUAUUGCAAUGGUUUCCGGGUCAUAUGGGGAAAGGUUUAAAACAAAUGCAACAGCAGCUCAAAAAUGUUGACUGUAUCGUUGAAGUUCAUGAUGCUCGAAUACCCAUGUCUGGGAGGAAUGAGCUUUUCAGGAGUACAUUGUUAGGGGUUCGUCCUCAUCUUUUGGUGUUGAACAAAUGUGAUCUAAUUGAAAAAGAUAUGCAGCCAGUCAUUUUGAAAGCUUUGACUGAUAACGGCGUCACUUCAGAUGUAUUGUUUACUGACUGUAGGACACCACAAGGCUCUGGUGUAGUGGAUGUUGUUCCUGCCAUUAUUAACAAAGUAACGGACAUCUACCGUUAUAACAGAGAAAGUGAAAAAUCCUUCAACUUGCUUGUAAUAGGAGUACCAAAUGUAGGCAAGUCGUCUCUAAUUAACGUCCUCAGAAAUUAUCACACUAAGAAGAAGAAAGCAACUCGAGUUGGAGCCGUGGCUGGCAUUACACGUUCUCUUUUAACCAAAAUUCAUGUAUGCUAUGACCCACCAAUGUACCUCUUAGACUCCCCUGGUAUAUUAGAGCCGCAAGUAAGAAACAUCGAAGCCGGUUUCCGUCUAGCCUUGUGUGCAAGUAUGCAAGAUCACCUUGUUGGUGUUAUUAAUAUCGCUGACUACCUCCUGUAUUGGCUGAAUAAACACGGGCAUUUUAGUUAUGUUGAAAAAAUGGGCCUACCUGGACCAUCUGAUGAUAUUAUUGAGUUGUUAACGUUAUCUGCUCUGAAGCUGCAAAAGUUUAUCAAGUACAAAGAUAUGUCCAAAGGAGGUUUAGUUGUACAAAGACCAAAUAUUGAAGCUGCUGCUGUAAAAAUGCUGAAGAUGUUUCGUCAAGGAGAGCUGGGUCUCUUUGUGCUAGACACGGACUUCCUCCCAUCUGCUCAUAACAAGCCACUGUGAUUUUCUUAAAUAAUUAAUAGUUCCUCCCUACAAAUGUAUGAAAUAAAUUGAGUCAAGUGGGGUGAAUGAA